ACCGGUUGUCUUCGUCCGGGCCGGGUUUGAACUUCGAUCAAUGGGCUUUCCUAAUCUUGUAAUACAUCAACUUAGGGUUAGGGUUCGUUGUUCAUCUCCCUCUUGUCUUCUUUUCGGAUUGAAAAUCCUCCGAUUGACCUACCAAAACCCAUCCCAAAGGUGACUAUGAAGACGGAGGUUGGCCUGCUCUUUGUCUAAUUCCUCUUCGCCUAGUAACUCCCUUGCUUUGAUUAUGGUUGAAUCCAGUAGUUGAUUGAUAAGUGAAUACCAGGUUACACUGCAGAAAGCUUUUAUUGCUUGUAAAUGGGUGCUCCCAAGCAAAAAUGGACAGCAGAAGAGGAGGCGGCUCUCAAAGCUGGAGUUGUGAAGCAUGGUGCUGGAAAAUGGUGCACAAUAUUGAAAGAUCCAGAAUUUAGUGGUGUAUUAUGUUUGAGGUCAAAUGUGGACCUGAAGGAUAAGUGGCGUAACUUGAGUGUCAAUGCAAAUGGUUGGGGAUCCCGAGAGAAGGCUAGAGCCUCUAAAAGGAGCCGACAAACUCUCAAACACGAUGGUAGCUCAAAGGCUGUUGGUGCAAUGUAUGAAGAUGUUGAUGCCGAACUAAUGGAAAGCAAGUCUCUUGCCACAACUAGUGAAAAGAGGAUAGACAACCUGAUAUUGGAAGCCAUAGCAGACCUGAAGGAGCCCACUGGAUCUAACAAGACAGCUAUUGCCACUUAUAUAGAGGACCAAUAUUGGCCUCCACCAGAAUUUGCAGAACUCUUAUCAGAUAAGCUGAAGGAGUUGACUGCUACCGGGAGAUUGAUUAGGGUGAAGCGUAAGUAUAGGAUAGCACCAACUUCAGCUUUUCCAAGAGGAAAAACAUCUAAAUUUCUGAACGCAGAAGUUAGACAAACUGAGCCUUCAGGAACAACUAGGGAUGAUCUAAAACCUUCCUCAAGAUUUCAAGUUGACACUGAAUUAGCACGGAUGCGAAGCAUGACGGCACAGCAGGCUGCGGCCGUUGCUGCUCAAGCUGUCGCCGAGGCAGAAGCAGCCAUGGCAGAGGCCGAAGCAGCAGCUAGGGAAGCAGAGGCUGCAGAGGCUGAAGCAGAAGCUGCUCAGGCUUUUGCCGAGGCAGUGGCAUUAACUAUGAAGAACAAAAACACCUCUAACCUGAUUGCCCGAGCUUGACAAGAAUCAUCUACUCACCGAAGAAAAAGAACUCAUCUGAUGCAGAAUCUUACGAUAGUGACGACCAACAAACAGUCCUGGAAAUCCUUCUUCAGUUCGCACCUGUCACCGUGCAAUCAUACCAUUAGUUUUUGAUUUCCAGAGCAAGCGAGGAGAUGUUGAGAAGCUCGGGAUGAAUGACAUGGUUCGAAUGUGCAGAUGCUUGUUUGGGAGCUGAAGGAGCUCAUCCUGAAGGAGGAAAUGGCGAUCCCGAGUAAACAUUAUCUGUUCUUUGUAAUAAUUUCCAUCUUAAAUGAAUUACAGUGAUGCAUUAUUUUUGUCUAAAUAAUGCGAAAGAAUUCUUCGAUAAAUUAUAACUGAAUUGCUGCUGUUUUUUUUUUUUUUUAUCCUUCUACUCAACUAAAUCUAACUUUCUUUGAUUGAUUCA